UUGGCAGAGAAGACAGACACGAAGAAGUGAUUUCAAUUCAUGCGUGUGUUUUACUGGAUAAAGUCACACGUGUUACACAGUACUCUACUGUUAAGUACGUGAGCGUAACGGUGCACUGUACGGUGUUCAACUGCAGUUUGAAUUCUGUUUGUUUGAUGUAUGAGUCGUGGAAGUUCCGAUGUUUAGCGCAUUACUUGGCUAUCGCAAGACGCACGUGAGAGACCUGGUCAAGGUGUCAUCCUUUGUUUCCAUUUGAAGAAUUGUGAGUGAAAAGCUUAAGUUUUAAACUGAAUACUUCUUACUAUCAGAGAUCAUUUUUUGUUUUUUUUUAACCUGAUGUUGGAAACUGAUUGAAUGAGCUAAUCAUGAGCGAUGAAGAGUAUGAGUUCCCUGAGGAUGGAAGUGAGUUCCAACAUCUUGUCCAUGGAAAUGAAGAUGGGGAAGAAGAAGAUGCUUCAUCUGACCAACCAAGGACUGCUUCACCUUGCAUGGUUCCAACACGCAAGACUGUUUGUGCCCUUUGUUGUAGUCUUGCACUUCUUCUUUUUAUGGCUGCCUGUCUAGCGUAUCUCUCAGGACCCUCUGCUGAUAUUCUGGUUGAUGUUACAAUUGGCUGUGGUGUGGUACGGGGUUAUCAUAGCAACGCUGGCUUUACAUUCAAAGGGAUUCCCUAUGCUGUGCCUCCACUAAAAAACUUGAGGUGGCGGCCUCCUGUUCCCCUCAAUGGCACUGAAUUUUGCUGGAAAGGCAUCUAUAGUGCCACUCAGUUCAGAAAUUCUUGUGCUCAAGUACAGCCAUUAAAGAAGGAAGGAACGUUUAUGGGAGAUGAAGAUUGUCUUUACUUGAAUGUGUGGACACCAGUUCUGAAUGAAGAAGCAAAGUUACCUGUGAUGGUCUGGAUACAUGGGGGUUACUUGCACAUGCUUAAUGGCUCUGUACCUGGUUAUAUGCCAAGUGUGGAACUUGCAGUGCAGACUGGGGUUGUAUUUGUCAGCUUUAACUAUCGGCUCAAUGUGCUUGGGUUCCUGGCAUUAGAAAUCUUGAGGGAAGGAUCUGUAACCAAUACAUCAGGGAACUAUGGUUUCUUAGACCAGAUUACAGCAUUACAGUGGGUACAGAAAAACAUUAGAGCCUUUGGUGGAGACCCAGCCAAUGUCACCAUAUUUGGACAGAGUUCAGGUGGCACAUCUGUAUGGACACUAAUGAUGUCUCCUUUAGCCAAGGGUCUUUUUCACAAAGCAAUUGACAUCAGUGGUUCAUACAUUUAUAAUAAAUCAUUAGAGGAGGCUGAAAAAGAAAACCUAAUCUUCUUGGAGAAAGCAAAUUGUUGGGAUGCUCAGUGCUUGCGUUCCCUCUCUGCAGAGGAAAUUGUGAAGGCUGUUCCUUGGCUUGAAUACCCUUUCUGGGCUGCAGAGGAUCUUAAUGACUUACCCAUAAAGGGACGUUUUGAUGGGGCAGUUGCAGUAGUGGAUGGUUAUGUUCUUCCAGCUGCACCUUUCCAGAUGUGGGAGCAAAAGUUUUCUGAAUAUAAUGAUGUCCCAUUCGUAAUUGGAACAACCAGGCAGGAGUCAGAUUUCAGCCCAGCAUUUAAUAACAUCUCCACUUGGACAUGGGAUGAUUACCAGUGGUUUGUUAGAGACAAACUGAAGCCUUUUGGAAACAAUAUCUCUGAAACCGCACUUUCCCUGUAUCAGGAAUUCAAACAGUGCCAGGUUCCUAAAAGAUGUCCAGAGAAAGCUUACACCACCAUGGUAGCGGAUAUGAGGAUCACUUGUCCCAGUAAUGACCUUGCCAGGCGAGCUGCAAGAGCCUUGAAGAGUCCGGUGUACCGCUAUAUAGUGACUUACACUCCAUCCAGUGAAGCUUUGGUGCUUGACUUUAUUCCAUUCCCUGCUCGCUUUUCAUACCAUACUCUGGAUACUACUGGAUUCUUUAAGUCCUUUGAUAUUAAUCAUAAAGUCAGUACUGCCACUGACAGACAGUUCCAGCAGCUCAUGCAGAAGUACUUUAUCCACUUUGUCAAAACAGGUAAAAUGCCUCCAGAGUGGCAGACAUACCCAAAGCACAUAGCUUUGUUGUCGAACACAUUCAACGCAAUGACGGAUGAUUUUCCUAAACAGUGCAGCUUAUGGGAAGAAAAUGGCUUUUAUUCCUAUGCCUGGAUAAACUGAUCUUGUCCAAGCAGUUGUAACCUGACUAAAUAAGCCUUAUUUAAAUGAAUCAGGUGAUUUUUUUAUUUUCUUUUCCUUCAUUUUGGGGGUCGGGUGUGGGGGGGAAAAAUAUAGGCACAAUGAUAGUGUUAACAGCAAAAAGAAAUCCAGAAGUGUGUCUCAUUUCAGCUCAGGGUAGAAAAGCAUCUUAAACAAAAACUGUACCCCCCACACCCUCCCCCCGUUUUCACAAGUUAAUUUAAUGAAGAAAAAGAAUUCAUAGCAAGUGACACAUGGGGAAGCAGUACUAGUCUAUUUCACUUUUUUAAAGCAAUGUAAUGCAAGGGCAAAUUAAAAAGUUAAGACGAUUUUAAAAUUGCACAGUAGACACAUUGGUUAGAAGCUGACGCAAAACAACACAUUCAUGGUGGCAUAUGUGUGAACAUGCGCAGCCACAAGUCUAGCUGAAGCCAAUGUCAAAUGAUCGUGGACGCUCCUCUGGAUUGCACUGCAGUGAGAUUUCUUCGGGCAAACCUGCUGAAAUUCACUGAAAGAUGGCGCAAUCCAAAAGUGAAAAAAACAUUACUAAACAAAACAUUUCUGAAUGAAGUAGAAAGGUUUAAAGCGGUAAGAACAAGUGUAACUGACAAAGCUCAAUCUGCUAAACCAUUGACAUCAUACAUACAAGCCCACAUCAAUAUGGUGAGCGCCUUCAUUAGAGAAGAUGGGCGGGAUACAUUGGACUGCUAUUCCUGCACAUCUGGAUAUCACCAUAGAUCUAUGUGUGCGUGCCAUAAUGCAUUAGGAGUUAGGGUACCAUAAAGUUUGUGCAAGAGGAUUAACUAAGCAGCUUACUGAUCUACAAAAGCCAACAUCCUUUGAUACAUUUCUGUAGGUUUCAUUCUUUCUGCCCAAAGAAAUGUCACCAUGGCAUGCUGUUCAACAAUGGUGCAAUCCUGCAGCGGAGCUUCCAUGUUCAUUUGUCAUUAGUAUGAACUAGACUAACAGCAGGGUGCAGCACUGUGUGUGUGUGUUCAAAUUACCCAUAAGCCAUUGUGAACAUGUUAUAUUGUCAGCUUCUAUCCAUUGCAGUUACCACCUGAUUUUCAAAUCACCAUUAACUUUUUUAUUUACCCUGAUACUAAUUUAAAGUAAAAUACAGAACUGCUAUAUGAUGCAGUUAUAUUUAAAUAGGUGAAAAUAAUAAUGCACAAUGCUUGUUUUCUUCCUUUCAUGGCACAUUUAAAUAUGCAAUGUAUACUGCUGUUAGAAUGGAGGUAAUUAUCAAAAAAAAAAAGAAAAACUUCACCCCAGAACACAGAGAACAAAAAGUAUUUUAAUGCGGUUUGUAUCAACAUCACUCACAAUAAAUAAUUAACUCUCA